CCAUACACAGCAGGUUUGUGGAAUAUCAUGGUCUCCAGACGGAACGUUUCUUGCUACUGGUGGUAAUGAUAAUGCGUGUAUGUUAUUCGAGCUGCAAGAUAUCAUUCCCCCAGGAGAAUUAGGCAUAGUCUCGAAGUGUGUGAAUACGCUAUGCCAGAGUCGUCUCAAUUCAUCCGUGGAGAACACCCAUCAACAGCUCUUACAUAGACACUUCAUCGCUCGCAGUUUACCUACAUCCUCCCGCUCUGGAAUCGCGCCUGUAUCAACAGCUCUCCUCAGCCGUGUGGGAUCGCUCAUCUCAGAUCGCGACCGAACGGUCAUGGUGCCGCCAAACAAUCAGAAGCAUCGGCUUGUCCACUCUGCGGCGGUUAAAGCAAUAGCAUUCGCUCCCUGGCAGCCAUCUCUUCUGGCCACUGGUGGGGGCUCUAAUGACCGCGCCAUCCACUUCUACCACACGCAGUCUGGCGCAUGUCUGGCUACUAUCAACGUUUAUGCUCAGGUGACUAGCCUUAUUUGGAGCAAGGCAAGGAGAGAGAUUGUCGCUACCUUUGGCUUUGCACAACCAGAGCAUCCGUUCCGAAUUGCUGUCUUCGCCUGGCCAAGCUGUGAGCAGAUCGCUGCAAUCCCUUGGGGCCCAAACGGUAGUAGCUGGGAUCGUAUAGAGAAUGAGUCAAAUGUUGACUGCGGCCGAGCCCUCUGUGCGGUUAGCUACCCCUGCAGGCCUCCUACUUAUGUGCUUGAUAAAUUAGACAGUCCCGAUGGCUCUUCUAUAUCGAGUUUGGUGAAUCAACUCAGGUCGAACAGGCAGGGAGGAAGUGUACAUUACCGGCGGGCAGUUGUGCGGCCUAGGGCCAAGGAAGGUGGGCUCUGGUGUCCACGCACAGUCGAAGAAGGAUGUAUCAUUGUGGCUUCUAGUGACCAAAGUGUCAAGUUUCAUGAGGUGUGGAGCAGUGGAAGAAAACAAAAGGCUGCAGCUUCUGGGCCAUACGGUGGCAGUGAGAUCCUCGAGGGUAUUGAAGGUUUGGAAGCCCCAGGAAAGGAAGUCAUUCGUUGACGUUAAAGCUUCGGGAUGCAGAGCUUCGCGAAUUAUUGGCAACAUAUCCUUAGUGCAGUAGGUUAUCAUGUCAAGCAUGUAUCCUUAUAGGGAAUUGGGAUAGACAUGUCAUGGCGAUGAAUGCAGCAUUCUGUAAAACAGGGAGCAUAGUCGCCAGCUACUCUAGGAGGUCACUGACGAAGUAAAGUUCAUUUCAUAUGCCCGGAUAUGCUUUAUAUUCGUGAACCAGUAGGUGGCAUUACCCGUUUAAGAACGGGAAUACUUGAGUAGGUCGACAUACUCUGCAUGGAAUAGGCAGAUACAAUAAACAGACCCUGUAUGGUGACUCCCGCUAACAGCAGUGGUCCCCAAAUAUUCCAUAACAGCAAAACACUCGUAACUGCGUCAUGUGGUAAAGUGAUAUAUAGGGUCCAGGAGGGGAAACAUAAAAGUAGCAAAAGGAAU